AUGUCAGAGAAAUUAACGAGAAUUGCACUGGUCAAUAACGACAAGUGUAAACCAAAGAAAUGUCGUCAAGAAUGCAAAAGAGCUUGUCCUGUUGUUAAAAUGGGCAAACUUUGUAUCGAAGUUGCUCCAUCUGACAAGGUAGCGUUUAUUUCGGAAACUCUCUGUAUCGGUUGUGGUCUCUGCGCUAAGAAAUGCCCAUUCGAAGCAAUCAACAUUGUCAACCUUCCUACAAACCUCGAGUCCCAAGUCAGCCACAGAUACACCGCCAACUCCUUUAAGCUCCACAGACUUCCCACUCCAAGAGCUGGUCAGGUUCUCGGUAUGGUCGGUCAGAAUGGUACUGGUAAAUCUACCGCUUUGAAAAUUUUGGCUGGUAAGCAGAAGCCUAAUCUCGGUAAAUACGACGAUCCUCCUGAGUGGACUGAAAUCUUGAAACACUACCGUGGCUCUGAAUUGCAAAACUACUUUUUAAAGAUCCUCGAAGACAACCUCAAAGCCAUCAUCAAGCCUCAAUACGUCGAUCACAUACCUAGAGCCAUUAAAGUUCCAAUCACGGUUGAGAAAAUGUUGGAUAGUAAGAUGGAAAUGGGCAACAAGGACCUCAUCAUGGAUCUUCUGCAAUUGAGGGUUAUCAAGGACCGUGAAAUCAACCAACUCUCCGGUGGUGAGCUCCAGCGAUUCGCUAUCGCUAUGUCAUGCGCUCAGAAGGCAGAUGUGUAUAUGUUUGAUGAACCAUCCUCAUAUUUGGAUAUCAAACAGCGUCUCAAUGCCGCAAAGGUUAUCAGAAGUCUCGCGGAAGACCAGGUAUACGUUAUUGCAGUAGAGCACGAUCUGUCUGUUUUGGAUUAUCUGUCUGACUUUGUUUGCUGUAUGUACGGCAUGCCUGCAGCUUACGGUGUCGUCACCAUGCCGUUUUCGAGCAGAGAGGGUCUUAACAUCUAUCUCGAUGGUUUCCUUCCUACUGAAAAUAUGAGAUUCAGACAGGAGUCUCUCAACUUCAAGAUCGCAGACGCGGCAGAUGAUCUUACACUCGAUAAGACAUCUUCAGUUCCAUACCCAGCCAUGACCAAGACGAUGGGCGGGUUCAAGCUCAAUGUCAAGGCUGGUGAGUUUACAGAUUCGGAGGUGAUAGUGAUGCUUGGAGAGAACGGUACGGGUAAGACAACACUCGUUAGAAUGUUGGCUGGUGCCACUAAGGCGGACAAUGAAGCAGAUCAGCCUGAGCUCAAGGUUUCUAUGAAGCCACAAAAGAUAACACCAAAGUUCCAAGGUACGGUGAGAAUGUUGCUGUUGAAGCAGAUCAAGGGAGCAUUCAUGCAUCCACAAUUCCAGACUGAUGUGGUUAGACCAAUGCAGUUGGAUGCCAUCAUUGACCAGGAUGUGCAAACAUUGUCUGGUGGUGAGUUACAGAGGGUUGCUAUUGUCUUGGCACUUGGUAAACCAGCGUCUGUUUACUUGCUCGAUGAGCCAUCAUCCUUUUUGGACUCUGAACAGAGAAUUAGCGCAUCAAGGGUAAUUAAGAGGUUCAUUUUACAUGCAAAGAAGACUGCGUUUAUCGUUGAACACGAUUUCAUUAUGGCUACGUACCUGUCCGAUAGAGUUAUAGUGUUUGAUGGUGAACCGGCAGUCGAAGCAACUGCAAACGCCCCACAGAGUUUGCUCACUGGGAUGAACAAAUUCUUGGAGUCGCUCCAGGUUACGUUCAGAAGAGACACGACCAACUAUAGACCUAGGGUGAACAAGACUGAUUCACUCAAAGAUAAAGAGCAGAAGUCGACUGGAAACUUUUUCUUUGUUGGUGAUUAG